UUUGAUGUGGAGAAACACAAAACAGCAAUGAUGGUUCUUCUAUUGGGCUUGUGGUUCUCUGUUGCGAUUUUUCUCCUUGGCAUUCCCAGAGAUCACUGUACCCAAAUCGUUGGAGGAAACGAAUCAAUUCCACAUUCAAGACCUUUUAUGGCCAAGAUCAAAGGAAAAACUCUUUGUGGGGGAACCCUGAUCAAACCAAACUGGGUAUUAACAGCAGCUCACUGCGAAGUGACACCAAGCACUCAAGUUAUUCUUGGAAUUCAUUCAGAAAAAGACAAAACAAAACAAUUUUUUAAGGUUAUUAAGCACAUUCCUCACCCAUGCUAUGAUAAUGACAAAAAGGAGAAUGACAUUAUGCUUCUUCAGCUUAAUAAACGAGCAAAACGUAACAAGAAUGUUAACUUCAUCAAGUUGCCUCAAGUGUACAAUGACCUCAAGGCAGGAACACCAUGUCUUGUAGCUGGUUGGGGGAUCACUCAGAGUGGAACAAAGACACCAUCAGAUGUACUCCGUGAAGUUAAUGUCUCUGUCAUUGAAAGAAGCAUCUGCAAUGAUAAAAGUCACUAUAAUCGUCAGCCUCUAGUGACAAUGAAUAUGGUCUGUGCUGGUGACAAGAAAGGGGGCAAGGAUUCAUGUUCUGGUGAUUCUGGUGGUCCUCUGAUAUGCAAUGGGGUACAAAGAGCCAUCGUUUCCUUUGGCAAAGGAUGUGGCAAUCCCCGGUAUCCUGGUGUCUACACACUUCUCACAGAUAAAUACAUCCGCUGGAUAAAGAGCAUUAUAGGGGGCAGUUUAUAAAAUUAUCGCUUGAUUUUGAAAUGCUUUUUAAUGAUAUUCAUUCAUUCAUUAUGAUUUCUUUAAAGCAACCUUUUCCAGCCUGUUGUCCUCCAGAUACAUCUGACUACAGUCUCACCAUCCCCAGCUAGCACAACCAUUCAACCUGCUGGCUAACAAUGAUUGAGACCUCAGAUGAAUUCAUAGUCAGCUUUGGUAUUUAGGCUUUCUCUCUAAAUGCAGUCUUGUAACAAAGAUGUUCUUCCUGUAUAAAAGCUAAGCACCAGUCUCCAGGAAUCCUUUUGUGAAUUGCUUUAUUAUUUUUAUUUUCUCUCUGCACACUUACUCUGCUAAAUAAAGCUAUUUCCAUAUUUAUCACUAAUAAAACGGUAGUUUAUUUCCAGGAAGCACAAGAAAAUAAACCCUUGUUGC